AUGAAUAGAAUAUAGAGUUAAUUUAUUUUAGAAAAAUGUUAUGCUGAGAAAAUUGAAUAUCUUUGGAAUAAUUAAUUAUUAGUAUAAGUGAAAGAGUCUAUAUCUAAAAUAAUGUGUAGAAAGAGUAAUAAUGUUAAGAGUAAGAGGGAUAUGUUUAUUACAUAAUGA